GAGAUUUUUUCACGUUGAUGGUUUCAAGGGGAGUAGUUGUAGUCUUCCCAGUCAAACUGUCCUGGGAAAAAAGUUAAGAAACUGGUUCGGCGUUCGUCAAAUAACUCACCGGGGUAAACCGGAAAGGAUAGUUGAUCUGUGUUUUUCUAAUAGUGAGUUGUCGAAAGUUGCCAUCAUGCCGGUUUUUCAUACAAAAACCAUAGAAAGUAUUCUGGAGCCGGUGGCCCAGCAGAUAUCCCAUCUGGUGAUAAUGCACGAAGAAGGUGAGGUGGACGGGAAAGCCAUUCCGGACCUCACGGCCCCCGUGGCCGCUGUGCAGGCUGCUGUCAGCAACCUUGUUCGGGUGGGGAGAGACACUGUCCAGACCACAGAGGACAAAAUAAUGAAAAGGGACAUGCCGCCAGCCUUCAGCAAGGUUGAGACCGCCUGCACUAAGCUGGUGCAGGCCGCCUCCAUGCUGAAGGCCGACCCGUACUCCGUGCCUGCCCGGGAUUACCUCAUCGACGGCUCGAGGGGCAUCCUCUCGGGAACCUCGGACCUGCUCCUCACCUUCGACGAGGCGGAGGUGCGUAAAAUCAUCCGAGUAUGCAGGGGCAUCCUCGAAUACCUGACGGUGGCCGAGGUGGUGGAAUCGAUGGAGGACUUGAUCACGUACACGAAAAACCUGGGACCAGGGAUGACGAAGAUGGCCAAGAUGAUCGACGAGAGGCAGCAGGAGCUGACUCAUCAGGAGCACCGCGUCAUGCUGGUCACCUCCAUGAACAUGGUGAAGGAGCUGCUGCCAGUCCUCAUCUCAGGUAUCAAGAUCUUCGUGAGCACCAAGACGUCAAGGAGCCAGGGCGUGGAGGAAGCCCUGAAGAACCGCAACUUCACCUUCGAGAAGAUGAGCGCCGAGAUCCACGAGAUCAUCAGGGUGCUGCAGCUCACCUCCUGGGACGAGGACGCCUGGGCCAAUAAGGACACGGAGGCCAUGAAGAGGGCCCUGGGGCUCAUCGACUCCAAAAUGGCGCAGGCCAAGAACUGGUUGAGGGACCCCAACGCCCAACCAGGCGACGCAGGGGAGCAGGCCAUCCGCCAGAUCCUGGACGAAGCCGGGAAGGUCGGAGAGCUGUGUACCGGAAAGGAGCGCCGGGAUGUGGUGGGAACGGCCAAGACCCUGGGACAGAUGACCGAUCAAGUGUCCGAAAUGCGCGCAAGAGGUCAGGGGUCGUCUCCGGCUGCCAUGCAGAAGGCCCAGCAGGUGUCCCAAGGACUGGACGUGCUCACAGGCAAGGUGGAGAACGCCGCGCGCAAGCUGGAAGCCAUGACUAACUCCAAACAGGCCAUCGCCAAACGGAUUGACGCGGCACAGAGCUGGCUGGCGGACCCCAACGGGGGGCCGGAGGGAGAGGAGAACAUCAGGGCCCUGCUCGCCGAGGCCAAGAGGAUCGCCGACAUGUCGGAGGACCCCAAGGAGAGGGAGGACAUCCUGCGCUCCAUCGGGGAGAUCGCCGCCCUCACCGCCAAGCUCUCGGACCUCCGGCGACAGGGCAAGGGUGAUACACCGGAGGCCAGGGCCUUGGCCAAGCAGAUCGCCACUGCCCUGCAGAACCUGCAGUCCAAGACCAACAAGGCGGUGGCCAACAGCAGGCCGGCCAAGGCCGCCGUGCACCUGGAGGGGAAGAUCGAACAGGCGCAGCGCUGGAUCGAAAACCCCAACGUGGACGACAGCGGAGUGGGCCAGGCAGCCAUCCGGGGUCUGGUGGCGGAGGGCCGGCGACUUGGCAACGCCCUGCCGGGCCCCUACCGACAGGAGCUGCUGGGUAAGUGUGAGCAGGUGGAGCAGCUCAUGGCCCAGCUGGCCGACCUGGCCGCCCGGGGUGAAGGGGACUCCCCCCAGGCCCGGGCUGUGGCUCACCAACUCCAGGAAGCUCUGAAGGACCUGAAGGGUAAGAUGCAGGAAGCGAUGACUCAGGAGGUGUCAGACAUCUUCAGCGACACCACCACCCCCAUCAAGCUGCUGGCCGUGGCGGCCACCGCCCCUCUGGAAGCCGCCAACAGGGAUGAGGUGUUUGACGAUAGAGCCGCUAACUUCGAGACCCACUCCAAUAAGCUGGGGGCCACAGCGGAAAAGGCAGCCGCCGUGGGAACGGCCAACAAGACCACCGUGGAGGGAAUCCAGGCCGCGGUCAAGUCCACCAGAGACCUGACGCCACAAGUGGUCUCUGCCGCUCGUAUCCUGCUGAGGAACCCAGGCAACCAGGCCGCCUAUGAGCACUUUGAGACCAUGAAGAACCAGUGGAUCGACAACGUUGAGAAAAUGACAGGGAUGGUGGACGAAGCCAUCGACACCAAGUCCCUGCUGGACGCCUCCGAGGAGGCCAUCAAGAAGGACCUGGAGAAGUGCCGCGUCGCCAUGGCGAACCAUCAGCCCCAGAUGCUGGUCGCCGGGGCAACCAGCAUCGCCCGCAGGGCCAACCGAAUCCUCCUGGUGGCCAAGCGGGAGGUGGAGAACUCUGAGGACCCAAAGUUCAGGGAGACGGUGAAGGCCGCGUCCGACAUGCUCAGCCAGACCAUCUCUCCCAUGGUGAUGGAUGCCAAGGCAGUGGCUGGAAACAUCCACGACCCAAAUCUUCAGAAGGGCUUCCUGGACUCGGGCUUCAGGAUCCUUGGGGCUGUAGCCAAGGUCAGGGAGGCGUUCCAGCCUCCGGAGCCAGACUUCCCCCCGCCUCCUCUCGAACUGGAUCAGCUCCACCUGAACGACGAGCCGGCGCCGCCCAAGCCCCCGCUCCCAGAGGGUGAAGUCCCGCCCCCCAGGCCCCCUCCCCCAGAGGAGAAGGAAGACGAGUUCCCUGAGGCGAAGGCCGGCGAGGUGGUGAGCGAGCCCAUGAUGAUGGCCGCCCGGCAGCUCCACGAAGAGGCUCGCAAAUGGUCCAGCAAGGGUAAUGACAUCAUCGGCGCGGCCAAGCGGAUGGCCUUGCUCAUGGCUGAGAUGUCGCGCCUGGUGCGGGGCGGCAGUGGGAACAAACGCGCCCUGAUCCAGUGCGCCAAGGACAUCGCCAAGGCCUCGGACGAGGUCACGCGGCUGGCCAAGGAGGUGGCCAAGCAGUGCACCGACAAACGCAUCCGGACCAACCUGCUCCAGGUGUGCGAGCGCAUUCCCACCAUCAGCACGCAGCUGAAGAUCCUGUCCACGGUCAAGGCCACUAUGUUGGGUCGCACCAAUAUCAGCGAUGAGGAGUCUGAGCAGGCCACUGAGAUGUUGGUCCACAACGCCCAGAACCUGAUGCAGUCCGUGAAGGAGACGGUGAGGGAGGCUGAGGCUGCCUCCAUUAAGAUCCGGACUGACGCAGGGUUCACUCUCCACUGGAUCAGGAAGACCCCCUGGUACCAGUAAAAGAGACUGGCCACUGGUAGUUUGUUGUGUGCUGGUUCUGGCCAACUGGCAUGAGGAUGAGAAUGAUGAUGAUGAUCAGGAUGAUGAUGAGAAGUUUGUUUGGAGGAGCACUUCCUCAAAGCUGUUGAACCCACAUCCCCUCAACCAAAGAUGGUGAGAGAAAACGAUGCCAUGAUCUGCUAUUUUUCCUACUGGUUUUGCAUCUGUUCAGAUGGCCAUGGCUGUUGUACUAGAAUGUAAACAUGGGACACUUGGUGCAAAAUAUACGUUUUUGGUUAUUACUGGGGAUGUGUUUUUUGUAUAUAUAUAUUGAUUUGAUUUGGGCUUUUCAUAUAUUCUACAGGCAAUUGUUGUCACACUUUCAGAUACAGUGAACACUACACAUUUUUGCGAUGAAGUUUUCAUAUCUUAAAUCUUAUUGUGUUCUUCUGCAUGUACUCACUGCUAUUAUACACAUGAACCAUUAAGGAGUUGUUGUAAGCACAGCGUGGCUAGACCGAGCUCACACAAAAUGAUAGUGUUAGGUUGUCUGUUUACAAUAGAUUGCUGUUAAAAUUAAUAAACACUGUACAUUAUUUUAAAUUGUGUAAGACAUCUACAAUGUUUUUCCCUGACUUUUGCCAAAGAAGUUUUCUGUUAUGAAUUAUUUUUAGCUGGGAUUUAGCAAGGUUAUAAUUUAUGCAAAAAUAAGGUUUCAUAAUUUAUGCAAAAACAAAUUAAGGGCUUUUCAACCUUAACCUCACCUUAACACCUACACUAGAACAUUAAGGGACAUUUUAGUGGUUAUAAUGAAAUGUACUUUAUUGCCAGCUAUUUCACUAUUUGUUCUUGGGGUUGUCUCUUUCCCUUGCUUGAUACUUGGUGAUUACACCGAGCAAGAAGGGGAUAUCUGGCCCAUACUAACCUAUUUCCCCCCAUUCUUCUGUGAAAUGAUCUUGUCAAGAUUUUCAUGCUUAUCAUUUAUAUAUUUUUUUAUGUUGGUGUUGUGCACAAUCAUUGAAAUAUGAGGAGGGUCAAGGGAACGGCCGGGGCUGAGUAAAUUAACAAUUAUUUCAUGAAACAUUAUCCUAAAAGCCAAAUGUGUCUGAAGAAAUGCAAGUCUGUUCAUUCUACCGCAAUUAUAUUUUACACAGGAAAAUGUGUGUAUGCAACAGUACUGUGUAUUUUGAAAUGUAUAAAAACGAACGAUGUAAUGUUUAAUCGUUUUGCCCACAACCCAGCGUGCCUUUAAGAAAGACUUUUUUUUCCAAAGCUCUUAUGAUACUGUAAUACGAGUCACAGGGUGACUCGUAUUACUUUUUUCAAAUGAUUGUUGUAUAUGAUUCUUUAAAGAAGUAAUGCUAUCUUUAAAAACUCUGACAGAUCCACUUUAAUAACGCAAAGCCUAUUGCUCUUCAUUUUUUUGCUUAAUAAAACAUUAAAAUAAUGCAAACCUGUUUGCGGUUCAUGACAUCGUCAGUCCGGCAUAAACAUUGCUCACAAUUUUGCAAUAAAGCUUUUAUAGCACUUCAA